UAUAUUAUUAAAAAGAUACUUGCUUAAUUCUAUAUUUAGUUUGGUUAUGAAACCAAACAUUUGGUUUACGCAAGUGAACGCGCAGUGUUGCGUCACGUUCUGGCUGACAAGUAUGAGGCGCAUACUCAAUACGUAUGUGGUCAGAUAUAUCACUUUAUUUGGGAGAGAUCCUGCCGCUCGUAUCUCCCGGACUAUUGCUCAACGCUGCGUUUUAGCUCCGCGUUUCUGCAGGAGGUGCAUGAGCAGCACAACAAUGGACCUGAGUGACAUGAGGAAGGGGUACAAGGGGCGCGAGGAGUGCUUUGAAGAGGGUCAUCUUGUGUCUUUGGACCCAAUCGAGCAGUUUGGAAACUGGUUUGAUAAAGCCACAAAGUGUCCUGAAAUCGGAGAGGCCAAUGCCAUGUGUAUCGCCACUGCCACAAAGGAUGGACGUCCAUCUGCGCGCAUGGUGCUCCUGAAAGGUUACAGCAGCGAAGGGUUCCGCUUCUUUACAAAUUACGAGAGCAGAAAAGGCUCUGAACUGGACAGUAAUCCAUACGCUUCACUGGUCUUCUACUGGGAACCCCUAAACUUACAGAUUCGCAUUGAGGGCAAUGUGGAGCGGUUUCCCUUUCAAAGCUCUUGCGAAUACUUCCAUUCCCGACCAAAGAGCAGCCAGAUUGGGGCUGUUGUAAGUCAACAAAGCACAGCUAUUCCAAACAGACAGUAUCUGCUGCAGAAAAAUGCAGAUUUGGAAGAGAAAUACAAGGACGCAGACGUACCUAUGCCUGACUAUUGGGGCGGCUACGUUGUCAAGCCUUUCUCAAUCGAGUUUUGGCAGGGCCAGACCAACAGACUUCACGACCGCAUCCUGUUCACCAAACGGAAGGAGGGUGAGACUGAGCUGGGAGAGUUUCAGCACGCUGCCGCGGCUGACUGGGUGUAUCAGCGACUGGCUCCAUGAGAAGCAGCUCUGUCACACACACAGGGAAGCACAGAGACUCCAUCUAUAAUAUGAAUAUGAUCUGCUGUCUUCGUUUGAAAAAUCACCAUCUUUACCUCACAGGAAGUAAGUACUAAUCUUUAGAGGAUGUACCACCCACCUAACAUUCAGUGUCAUGUGGGUUCUGUUGUGUGUAGGAUAUGUUAGAUGACUUUACAUUUUCUAUGUGACAUUAAAUGAAAAAUAUUGGACUUACACUAAAUGCACUGGGUGACACAUGAGAGCAAACUCCACAUGCUUUAGUUAAAUAAUGAUUGACAAUAUGUUGGUUAUUUAUUUAUUUAACAGUAUUGUUGUUGUUUUUGACCUUCAGGACCAGGAAACUGUUUCUUCUGAAAUCUCAGUCUAUAGCACUGGAAACUCGGCAAACUUCUCCAUCACAAGAGUUGUUUGUCAGCGCAACUUUAUCGUGUCCAUUUUUCAGUGUUGAGACCUUCUUGUAGUAUUGUAAUUUCCUAAUAAUCAUCAAGACAUUUAAGUGGAAGGAAAUACAAUCAGUUUUUCUCAAAUUUCUCAAUUUCAAGUCAAACAAAUACAUGUUGAAGCCACUUUAUUAGGUACAGUCGUGCAAUCUAAUUCACUGUUUUCUGCUAAGUAUUUUCUUAGCAUUGAGAUCAUAGCGAUACACCGUGCUACACCUUUAUGUCAUGAUUCUGACCCACUCUUAAACCUCUUAAUAUAAUGUAAAUCUGCUUUAAUUACAACUUGAGUUUUGAGUAAAAGUUGCAUUCAUGUAUUUUUAACACCUAUAGAAAUGGAACAGUAUAAACUUUGUAGAGUUGGAAUUCACGGCAAAGCGGUUUUAUUGCAGUGCGAGAUGAGACAAUAGAUGUGAGACGUGAAACUAAUGAUCAGCCAAACACUGUCUUAAUUACUAUUGCACAGUAAAUUUCCUUCCAGACAUUUUCUUAUGACCAUAAUAUAAUUUCUAGGAAAUUAUGUGUCCAAAUAAGUCAUGUAGGCCUCACAUAUGACUACGAUUGUAUCAGUUUGUGACAAUUGAUCUAAUUGCCUUUUAAUAAUUAGAAUAAAAGAGCUGUGAUGUUAACUGAGCUAAAUGUCAAGUGUACCAUGUGUUGUGUACUUAAUGAGAAUGAGCUUGUUGUUUACCCAUUAAAAACUUGAAUUAA